AUGGCGGAUGCUAAACAGCUUCACGUAGCCAUGUUUCCAUGGCUGGCCUUUGGCCACAUGAUUCCAUACUUUGAACUCGCCAAACGCAUUGCUCAAAAGGGUCACAAGUCUUUCAUUUCAACUCCAAGAAACAUCAAACGACUCCCUAAAAUCCCUCCAAAUUUAUCUUCCUUGAUGAACUUUGUGAGCUUCAGUUUACCCCAUCAAGAUAAUCUUCCAAAAGACGCAGACGCCACAAAUGAUUUGCCACUUCACAAAAUCCAAUAUCUUAAAAUUGCCUGUGAUAAACUCCAAGAUUCUUUGGCUGAAUUUUUACAAAAAUCAAACCCAGAUUGGAUUAUUCACGAUUAUAUCGCUUCCUGGUUACCACCAAUAGCAGCCAAGCUGGGAAUCUCCAGCGCCUUCUUCAGCAUUGUCCAGGCUUGGACUCUCUGUUUCUGUGGAUCAUCAUCAUCGGCCUUGAUCAACGGCGAGGAUCCACGGACUAAGCCGGAAGAUUUCACUGUUCCUCCAAAAUGGGUACCAUUUGAUACCAGCGUAGCGUACCGACUCCACGAAGCGAAGAAAUUUUUUGAUCAUUAUGAGAUGAACGAUUCGGGAUGGAUAAACCUCCUGGGAGAACUGCAUGGUAAACCAGUUCUGCCCGUGGGGCUGUUGCCGCCUGCGGCUCCUGAUAGCAGAGACGGUAAGGAAGACAAGACGUGGCUUACAAUCAGUGAGUGGUUAGGGAAGCAGAAGUCAGGGGCGGUUAUUUAUGCGGCAUUUGGAAGCGAGUUGACUUUGAGUCGAAAUGAGUUGACUGAGUUGGCUCUGGGGCUCGAGUUUUCCGGGUUACCUUUCUUUUGGGCGCUGAGAAAUCGGGAUGACUCGAUAGUUCUUCCAGAUGGGUUUGAGGAAAGAGUGAAGGGAAGAGGAGUGGUGUGGACGAGUUGGGCCCCUCAACUCAGGAUAUUAGCUCAUGAAUCGGUGGGAGCGUUCUUGACUCACUGUGGAUUUAGCUCAAUUACAGAGUCGCUUUAUUAUGGACAUCCACUGGUUCUGCUACCUUUCUCCAUUGACCAAGGGUUGAUUGCUAGGGUUUUUGCAGAGAAGAAGGCAGGGAUAGAGAUAGCGAGAAAUGAGGAAGAUGGAGAAUACACAAGGAAGUCGGUGGCGGAGGCGUUGAGGUUGGUGAUAGUUGAAGAAGAAGGAGGAAUUUACAGAGAGAAAGCCAAGGAAUUGAGGGUUUUAUUUGCAGAUGAAGAACUCCACGAUGAGUACGUUAAAAAAUUUGUUGAAGUUUCUUGUAGAAUCAUAAAUGGCCGAACGACUUGUGCAUACCCAAAGUUUACCGUAACAAGUUGA